AAUUGCUAUGAUGACAUGGAAGACUUCUACAAGAUUUUAUCGUGUGAACCUGAUGACUCAAUUGAAGAUUUGAAACGAUCUUAUCAGAAGUUGAUAUUAGAAUGUCAUCCCGACAAACUGUCUUCCAAACAGCUGAGCCAAGAAGAGCACACCGUGGCACUCCAGCGUUUUCUACAAGUUGACAGGGCCUGGAAGACACUCAGCGACGAAAAUCUCAGGAAAGAUUAUAAUGCCAGAUUGAAGGAAUGGCAAUUUGCACAGAAAUUCCCAAUACAUGAUUCUGUUUGCUUGGAAGACUUUGACUACAAUGAGGAGCUAGAAGCACACACCUACCCAUGUCGUUGUGGAGAUGUCUUUAUUUUAGACCAAACAAGUGUUGAUUUAGGUGUGGACACAGUCUGCUGUGAGUCCUGCUCUCUGGCUAUACAUGUAGAUCUGGAAAACACCUGAGACAAAGAUGAACCAGAUGCAUAGCUGACAUCGAGAGCCCAUUUAGCAGUGGUGUUCCUGAUGUACCACUGAUGCAUCCAGCUAAUGUAGUGAAACCAAGUGAUUGAUAGCCAGCUAUUACAGCCAAGGCCUGGAUUGACUGCAGCUCUUACUAUGAAAAGUGUCAAGCCUUUCUUCAUGUUGGAGCAGGCAGGAUGCCAAUUAUGUUGAUGCAACAUUUAUGGAAUCCUGUAACAGCCAAUUUAAACAAGUCACAAGUGCUACGAGAGAUUACAACUGAUAUCUGACACUUCAUAAGAUGAUUGAUUAUGAGAAUCUUGAACACAAGGACUAUGGCUUUUUAUAUAGCCUUAAAUGACUUUGUCCUUGAAAAGCUUCAAUAUGAUAAUGGAACCCUUACAGUUGUAGAGUAGAUGAAAAAAAGUAUAGCAAAUGAUAGAAUCCAUAUAAUUUUAUGAUAAUAUAUCUUUCACAGUUGCAUGCACUUAAAAUGUGCAAAGAUAACAUUUUUGUUUUUAUUUCAUUUUUAUUAUUACAUAAUUUUUGAUCUUUCUAUUUCUACAUGUUUAAUUCUGUACAACCCAACAUUUAUUAAAACCUAGAAAAUUGUUUGCGACAAGAUUUUUUAGCAUUAUUGUUAUUCAAUAAAAUAGACCCAGUAUCUGAUUUGGGAUUUUGGC